AUGACUGAUAUCUUUACGAUUAUCAAGAAUGGAGAUAAACUAGAAAAUGCAAUCAAUAAGAACAAUGCUAAUCGAAUACUUAUUAACAAAAAAGAGAAGCUUUUUCAUGGAAUUACACCAUAUUUGUACGCUUGUAUCUAUGGGAAGCCAGAAACUUUAAGAAUAUUAGAAAAACAUGGUGCAGAUCCGUAUUUUAGGCUUGUUAGAGCUUCAGAUCAUGUAAUUUAUCACGCUCCAAAAUGCAAAAUCGAUACGAAAGAAUAUUUUGAACAAUGCCAAGAAGAAGCAAAAAAGAAGCAAUCUGGACUUAAUGCUGUAGCACUUUCUAUAAUGAAAGACAACAUUGAUGUUUUAGUUUAUCUUCAUCGAGAAAAGAAAUUUAGUUUAGAUGAAAAAUCAAACGGAUUUUAUCCAAUACAUAUAGCAGCGAGACAGAAUGCAUCUAAAUGCUUUGAAUAUUUAAAGAAUAACAUGGAAAAUUGUGAUCCUAACUUGAGAACAGGUGAACACUCAACAAUAGGCGAUUUGGUAGACAAAAAUAAUUCAACUUUGAUUAAAAUUAUUUUAAAGCCACUAAAAAUGAAACCAAAAUCAAAAAAUAUCGAUCCAAAAACAACUAAUUUCCUUUCUGGCAUUGGUUAUAAUGAAAGUGAAAUUAAAAGAAUACCAGAAGAUGUUUUGAAAUUCGGAAUUGAACGAAAAUUAGAAAAUUUCAAAGAUUUGAAAAAACAGGCAGAAUUAGUUAAGAGAACUAUAGAAAUUGAGAGUACACAAGAUUAG